AUGUCGAAAUCUCCAGAGAGGUUGACGCGAUUUGCAAAAGCCCGACAGUCAUUUAGACAGAAGGCACAUACGGUUGGAACACUGGUCGAGAAAAACAUUCGAGCACGAAAAGCACCAAGAUGGGUAGUAGUGCUGAAUAAAAUUUAUCAUGAUUACGGACUUAAACACAUCAUGCUGUUCUCUAUUCUUGUAUUAUAUCAGUUUUUGGGUGCUGGAAUAUUCUAUAUGUGCGAAGCAGAAUUUGACAACGAAAAAGAGAUUAUAUGGAACGAGAAAAUAUUGGAAAAUCGAACUAUAUUUGUUAAUAAUAUUAUUCCUUUAAUGUUUAAUAAUACUGAUUACCUAUUUUUCCUGACACAGGAACAAACCGAACAAGUUACAAACAGACUUUUGAAUGAAAUGAAAAAAUAUGAACGGCAAUUAGAUAUCAAAUACACAGAUCAGAAAAUUCCUUGGGAUUUCUGGCAUUCUAUGCUUUACGCACAGACCAUCUGUACUACAAUUGGUUAUGGACAUCUCUAUCCAUCAACUGUGGCUGGACGAGUAUUCACAAUGAUCUAUGCUAUAUUUGGAAUUCCCCUAGUUCUCUCAAUUUUAGAUGAUUUCGGAAAAGUGUUAACAAGGGGACUUAACUGGCCAUGGUGGCAGGUAAAGCGGGGAUGCCGAAGGAUAUUCAGAUACUGCACAAAACAAACCAUGAACGAGAUCCGGAAAUUAGAUGAAGAAGAUAAGAAAGAGCUUGAUGUGUUCAACCUUCCAAUACCUGUCGCUUUAUUAGUAGUAGUUUGUUGGAUUUUUAUCUGCUCCGCCACUGUUCUGCUUUGGGAAGAUGACUGGGAUUACUUCGUAGCAUUUUAUUUCUUCUUCAUAUCCCUGAGCACAAUUGGACUAGGUGAUAUCACUCCAACGCAACCAAAGUAUCUUUUACUCAUUUUUCUGUUGAUUCUGAUUGGACUUUCUCUUGUUUCUAUGUGUAUUAAUCUGAUUCAGGCUAAGCUUGAAAGAACGUACCAAGCAGGAAGAAGUUGUGACAAGAAAGGAAUGGCAUAUUUGGAAGUCUGCAGAAGAGGAAGCAGCUUAGGUAUUUUCCGUACAUCAUCUUCAGUUCACUCGAUCAGUAGAGAAGCUGUGCAGAAAAUGCUUGCAAAUAAGAGUAAAGGAAACAAAACAUGUCAGACCAUGCUUUCUUUUCCAUCUUCUACCAGUAACAACUCGAGUAUCGUCAGAGCUGUUUCUCAUUCCAGGUAUCGUUUCCUUCCGAGAACACUUUCGAUUGAUGAUGUGAUGCGGAUGGUAGACACUGAAGACGGGGAUAUUCUUAUAUUAGCUGAUCUUGUUCGAGAAGAAUCUGGAUUGAGUAAAUCUUCUCAAUGCACAACUUUCUCAAGUGAUGAUACUGAUUGCAAACUUCAGAUAGUUAUAUCUAAAUCUUUCGAUUCAUCCUUCAACCCGUCUAUCUUGAAACAGCCAACAUCAUCUGAGUCCGAUCAUAACGAUAAUGAAGAUAGUUUCAACGGUAAUCGACUACCUCAUUCAACUGCUUGUAUUCAAAAUCUUCAUGAAAUUGAAGAGCUAGAAGAGAUUGAAGAUAGGAUUGCGUUGGGGCAGCCAAUUGACUUAGCAAGUACAGUUCAGUUUAGAUCUAGGUUGUCGCUCAUACCUGAGCAGUUACCAUCUAUGGUGGAAGAAGUAGAGGAGCCAAGUGACGAAUCACAUCCACUGUCGAAAAGCGAGGAAAACGAAAGAACGAAACGAAGACCCUUACAAAAUAUGAUUAGUUAUUUGUCGAAAAGGAAAGAAGAUCGUGGAAGCUCGAGAACAUUACCGUAA